AUGAGCUCAUCAAAUCCCCCGCCUUCUCACCAAGCAAGACCGCAACCUCAAGUUCAAGCAUGUCGAUACAAGACGGGAAAGACGCUGGGCGCGGGUUCAUACUCAGUCGUCAAGGAAUGCGUGCAUAUUGAUACUGGCAGAUAUUAUGCCGCCAAGGUCAUUAAUAAAAGAUUGAUGGCAGGCAGAGAACAUAUGGUUCGCAAUGAAAUCGCGGUACUCAAACGUGUUUCCAUGGGACAUCAGAACAUCCUUACCUUGGUUGAUUACUUCGAAACCCUCAACAAUUUAUAUCUUGUUACCGACUUGGCCCUAGGCGGAGAAUUAUUCGAUCGCAUUUGUCGAAAGGGUUCUUACUUUGAAUCGGAUGCUGCUGAUCUUAUCCGGGCAACGCUUUCCGCGGUAGCUUAUCUCCACGACCAUGGCAUCGUCCAUAGAGAUCUCAAGCCCGAAAACUUAUUGUUUCGAACCCCGGAAGAUAAUGCGGAUUUAUUGAUUGCAGAUUUUGGUUUGAGCAGAAUAAUGGACGAGGAACAAUUCCACGUUCUGACCACCACUUGCGGUACCCCAGGUUACAUGGCACCUGAAAUCUUUAAAAAGACCGGUCACGGAAAACCAGUAGAUAUAUGGGCAAUUGGUGUCAUUACGUACUUCUUAUUAUGUGGAUACACGCCCUUCGAUAGAGAUUCCAAUUUGGAAGAAAUGCAAGCUAUUCUCAUAGCCGAUUACAGUUUUACACCUAUUGAAUAUUGGCGAGGUGUAAGUCGAGGAGCUCGAGAGUUCAUCAAGAAAUGCCUUACCAUAGAUCCUACACAAAGAAUGACGGCCCACGAAGCAUUGUCGCAUCCUUUCGUCACCGGAGAAUCAGUGUCAAAGGAUGGUAAAGGUAGCGAUUUACUACCGGUGGUCAAGAAGAAUUUCAAUGCCAGAAGAACUCUGCACGCUGCUAUCGAUACGGUGCGCGCUAUUAAUAAACUUCGCGAAGGUCAGGCUGGCAUGAUGGAUGGUGCGAAAUCUAUGGAUCCGGAACGUGGCGCUAAGCCUUUGAGUACGGUUAGUAAAGAUUCCGGGUUAGGUGGGAUGGGAACAGGGGAUGGAGAUAGCGCCACGGACAUUGAUUCGGGGUAUGGUACCGUCGGUGCAAAUAAUGACGAGCGUGAAAACUUUAUGAGGGGUAUGGAGAGAACUUCUGGUCAUGGCCAAACGGAAGCACAGAUCGAAGCGCAGACCAGGAAAAUUGCAGAAACGACAAAGGGUUUAUGGUGUGCAGGAACGGCACAACUCUCAGGAAGAUGA